AUGUCUGAUAUCCCGAAUCCUAGACCAAAAGGUAGACCAAGAAUUUUACCCAUUCCAAAAAGAACUAAAGUAUCUCGUGCUUGUGAUUUAUGUAAACAUCAUAAAAGAAAAUGUAAUGGGGAUCAACCUUGUUUCUAUUGUAAAGAUAAGUCAUUAAAUUGUACCUAUUUAAAAGCAGAUGGAAGAUCUAAAAAAUCUAAAACCCAGAAACAGCAACAGCAAGGUCAGAUUGGACAAGGAAAUAGUGCUGGUACUACACCUUCUACAACCACUAGUAGUUCUAUAAGUGAACAAGGUGGAAUUAUUAAUGGUAACGGUAAUGGAAAUGGAAAUGGUAUGGCGUUUCCCGGUGCUUUACCAUUACCAGAUACUUCUUUGAAUUCAAUUGGCCAACCAAUCAUGAAUAUUAAUAGCAUCAACAACAGUAACAAUAACAUGAAUAGCAUGACCAACAACAAUACCAUGAAUAACAACAAUAUGAGUAUCAUGAAUACUAUGAAUGCCAUGAAUCCUAUGACUACCAACAACAUUGACAACAACAACAACAACAUCCACAACAACACUAACAACACUAACAAUAUCAUGAAUAAUAAAUCAGAAUCAGAAGCUGAAAUUGAACCAGAAAUCCCAUCAUUACCAAAUUCACCAAAUUCAAGUCGUCGUCCUUCAGCUAAAUCAAGUGUACCAAAUAGUGUUAAUUCUAAUGGUAUUGCUGAUCCAUCUCCUUAUCCAAAUCCAGAUUGCGAUGAAAAUGAUGAACUGGCACAAGUCUCUUUAAGCAUGAUUUGUAAAAGUUUACAAACUGCUUUAUCAAAUGAUGAUAAUAGUAAUAUCAUUUCAUAUUUUAGAAAGAAAAAAGCCGCUGAAUCUAAACAAGAAGGAUUAUCUAAUUUAAAUGGUCAACAUACUAGAUUAUUAUGUUCACAAGGUGGUGAUACUAGAUUUUUUGGCGAAAGUAGUGCAUUAUCUUUGGUUAGUGAAUGUCGAGCUUUAUUUCUUGAUAUUUUAGGUGAAUCUACUUUUACAAAUGAUCCUCAACAACAAUUUAUUCACGAUGAACUGGUUGAUUUUACCAAACAUAUUGUUCCUGUACAAUUACCAAGAAAAGAAGAAGCAAAAGUUUUAAUUGAUUUAUUUAAAACUAAUAUUAAUGAUACAUUUUAUGUUUUCAAUAUGAGAUAUUUAAAUAAUAUGAUGGAUGAAAUUUAUUCAAAUCCAAUAUUAGCAUCAACUAAAAAAUUAUGUUUAUUACAUCUUGUGUUUGCUAUUGGAGUUUUAUUUGUUGAAUAUUCACCAGAAAUGGAAUUUGAUUUACCUCCACUGAUUAGAUUUUUAGAAAGUGCUGAAGAAUUAAUGAGAAAUAAUAUUUAUGAUGGGAAAUUAUGGAUGGUUGAAGCAAAUUUUUUAAAAUAUUUUUAUUUUCAAGCUUGUUGUAAUAGAUCAAAUUCUUGGAUUUCUUUAGGUACAUCCAUAAGAUUUGCUCAAGCUUUAGGUAUGCAUAGAAAAGUUAUUAAUGAUAGAAUUGAAAAUAAAGAAGUUUCAAUUCAUAGAAGAAGAUUAUGGAGAAGUUUAUAUGUUUGUGAUUGUGUUAGCAGCGUUAAUUUGGGACGUCCAUUGAUGAUUAACACUUAUGAUUAUGAUGAUAUAAAUUUCCCAUUAGAUCAAUUAAUUCUUCCUGGAGAUGAUGAAGUUGAAAAAAUUAGAAUUAUUGCUCAAAAUGCUACAUCUGAUUCAGCAGUUAUUAAUCGACUGAUUAUUGAUAAUAAUUUCAAAUCACAAAUUAAUCUUAAAGAUAGCAAUUCAUUAGCUUUACAAUUAAAAUUAUGGUCCAUUGAAUUACCUCCUCAAUUACAAUUAUCUAAAACUUUAGAAGAAGAAAUCACUCUGGGUACUAAUCCAAAUAAUUAUUUAUUGGUCUUUGUUCAUAUUGGCCAGCUUUAUGGGAUAAUGGCUCUCACACGACCAUUUUUGGUUUACGUUGCAAUUCGAAAAUUAAAACCUAAAACUAAAAGAGAAGUUGGAAAUGAAAAAGAAUUAAUGCCAUUUUGUAAAGCAGCAAUUAAAGCAGCUUUCUUGUGUAUUAAAUUAAUUAAAGCAUUUUGUACAAAUACUAAUCGUAAAGAAGUAUUUACAAUUCAAAGUGCAACAUUUUUUGCUGCUAUUUUAUUAGGUUUUACAUUAUUGGAACAAUCAAAAUCUAAAAAAGCUGAUAAACAUUAUAUGUCAGUUAUAAAAGAUUCCAUUAAUGAUGCAAUUACAAUUCUUAAAACUUUCCCAUUUAAUGCUACUUGUAAUAGAUGGUCACAACAUUUAAUUUAUAUGUUGGAAGCUCUUAAUAUGGCAAGUCCAGUUACUGAUACUUCUCCAACAAGUUCAAUGAGUAGUGAAAUUCAACAUUUUAAUGAUGAGUUAGUCAUGUGGAAUAAUCAAUCAAAUACUUUUGAACAAUUACUCAAUUUUCAACAAUAUUUCGUUCCUAAUGAUGUUGAUAUUUUGAAUAACAAUUAUUUGGAUGCUUUUAAUUAUACUAAUUCUUAUAAGUAUAACAUGUAA